GCAGUUCCUCCGUUGCCGCUGCUCAAUGCAGUCGAGACACCUUACCUGAAAAAACAAAUACAACAAUACAAAAAUCAAUAAUUCGGACAAUUCAUAAAUUCGCAACUGCAUUUAUUAGCGAAAGACAACAAAUGCAAUGAAGUGGGAGAACUAUUGCGACUUUGUGGCUGGCUGUAUUGGCGGUGCUUGCGGCGUGCUGGUUGCCCAUCCACUCGACACAAUCAAGACCUGGCAACAGGCCUCAAACACAUCCGUGCUGACGGCCGUGCAACAGAUCUACACUCGCAACAAUGGGAUCAACGGUUUCUACAGAGGCAUGAUGUUUCCCAUGAUGUCAACGGGCGCCAUCAACUCCAUUCUCUUCGGCAUCUAUGGCAAUCAUCUGCGGCAACUGCGACGCGUUUGUCACAGCGAUUAUCAGCGAGAGCAGCUGGAGUAUCACAACAUGUUCUUGGCCGGCUCCGUGGCCGGCUUUGUGCAAUCGUUUAUUGCCUGUCCCAUGGAACUGAUUAAGGUGCGACUGCAAACACAUUGUUACUACAAUGAUUACAUCUAUGGGAAGCGACGAACGGCCUUUGGCACGUUUAAACGGAUACUCAAGAAUGAUGGCAUCUCUGGUCUUUAUCGCGGACUUCUGCCCAUGAUGUGUCGCGAUGUCCUACCAUAUGGCAUCUAUAUGCUGGUCUAUCGUCAGGCAGCAGACUUUCUGGAUAACACGCAAUUUGUGCGCAAACGUCGAGCACAUCCCGAUGGUUCCAAUAUUAAUCUGGUGGUCACCACAUUCGCUGGUGCUUGGGCUGGCGUCUUGUCGUGGGUCUGUGUUAUUCCAUUCGAUGUGGUCAAGACUAUUAUGCAGGCAGAUGAGAAUCACAAGUUCCGCGGCAUUCUGCACUGUGUCCGUGUCAAUUUUCGAGCAUACGGCUGGCAAAGUAUUUUUCGAGGCAGCUGGAUGUUGUUGGCGCGUGCGAUACCCUUUAAUGCGGCAACGUUUUUGGGCUAUGAGUAUUCACUGGAGCUGUGUCAUAAUUACUGAAAUGCUGUCAAAUCACUCAAAUAAAAG